AUGGUUCACUUGGCGCUUCAUUGGAAGCUCCGCUGUAUUCAGGACUCGUCUGCCAGCGAAGACGAAAACACGCCGCCCAAAAUGUUGCGUGAGAACACGACUCAGGACAAGAUCACCAGCAAAAAGAGCUGUGGGGACAAGAGUAGCGACGACUCAAGCUCUACUGGGACUGCCACACCUCCGUGGAUGUCGCCGGGCUUCACGAAGUUUGGAUACUUGAAGGCCGUCUCGAAUCAACCGCCAGCAUCGCAGUCUUCGACGGAAACGGAGGAUUCCCCGCUGCGGCGAUCUCGACUGGUGGCAAGUCACACCGCUUCUUCCUCCGUGCUGCUGAACAAUACAACACCGCGGCCGCCACCGCUGACGACCGCUCGUACGGAAGGCACAGAGCGCCGUCGAUCGGCCGGCUACCAACCCUCGUGGUUUCAUUCUUCCUGGAAAUGCGGAGACCGGUCGACCAAGGCUGCGCUCGACUCGUUCCAACGACACCUUUGUGUUGGCACGCUGGCUCCACCAAGUCGCGCAUCUCCGGGAACAAUUCAACCCGCUAGCUACGGUCUUCCCCGUGGUGCCCAACUUCAGAUUUGUGAAUGCAUUGACCCGUGUCACGCGGACUCUUGCCGCAAUGCCCUUAUGAACGUGAUCUGCAGCAUCAACUGUUGCACGUACGAGGGUAUGUGCGGCAACGGUCUUCAUGAGUCCAAGAAGAAACAGCCGCCCACGGAGAUCCGUUUACGGCCUGAGCGACCAGAGCACUCCGUUCGCAUGGCUAUCAAUGCCGAGCGGAUGGGCGGUCUCAUGCGGUUCGCUAAUCACUCUUUUGACCCCGUCGCCAAAGUCGUGGAGGUGGGGAAUGGCCGUCGCACAACGGUUGUGGUCGUCACCACAAAACGGAUCCGUCGCGGACAGGAGAUCACCGCUGACUACGGUGAUGACCUGUGGUUUGUGUGUCGUUGCGGGAGCGCUGAGUGUCGCCACCGCGCCAUCCAAGGCUGUUGUGACCCGUGA